AUGGGUUGGGUGUGGAGUCUAUUCAUUCGGGCGCACAAAAAGGACCUCGAGUUCAGUGAUCUCUACCGCUGCCCAAAAUCAGAUGAGACACAUCGGGUCCGACAGAAACUGGAAAUCAAAUGGGAUAAAGAAUUAAAAAGUAAAGAAAAGCCAUCGUUAUUUAGGGCACUCUUUGCAUCGUUCGGACCCGAACUCAUUGUCCUCUAUAUCCCCGAUGCUAUCAAAGAAUUGGGCGUGAACAUAAUUCAGCCGUAUUGUAUUGUAUAUUUGGUGAGAUAUUUCAACGAUGACCCCAACACUAGCCAGUGGUGGGCCACGUGUGCAGCCGUGGGUAUUGUGUUGGCCACUUUAGUUUACAUAUUUAUUAUGCAUUUCAACUUAACCAUGUGCAGCAAAGUUGGGGUCAGAAUUCGCACCGCCUGUUGUGCUUUAAUCUACCGCAAGUCCAUGCGUUUAAGUCAUUCAUCACUCGGACAGACAACUGUUGGCCAGAUAUUAAACAUUAUGUCCAACGAUGUCAACAGAUUUGAUGAGUUUGCAUUUAAUUCGCGAGCAUUGUUUGUGGCGCCACUGCAGGCGGCGAUUGUGUUAUACCUGUUGUGGUCACACUUGCGGUGGGCGUGUUUGGCGGGAAUGGGAAUACUUGUGCUGUUUAUACCAUUUCAAGUACUAAUGGGUCGUAUGUUUCGGAGUAUACGUCAAAAGACGGCCGAAUUAACUGACAGUCGAAUCCGUUUAAUGCAAGAGAUUAUCGCCGGAAUGCGUGUCAUAAAGAUGUACGCCUGGGAACAGCCCUUCGCACAGUUGGUCGCAACCGCUCGCAAGUAA